AUGACUGAGGCGGCAGCUGCAGCAGCCGCUUACGCAGCCAUUGCAAACAACGUUGCAGUAAUCAUGCGUAGUAGUAAUCGGAGUACGUCGCCAUCGUUUUCGUCACAACAGGCUUAUUCCAUCGAAUCGAUCCUGAAACCCGGUGAUUCGGAGUCACCUGCAUUAAAUGAAUCGACAAAUACCAUGGAAAACCAUUCAGUCCCGUUGGUGGAUGGCGAGCCAACCAUCUGUUCGGUUUGCCAUGAUGAAGCAAGUGGUCGACACUAUGGUGUUGUUGCAUGUUUCGGUUGCAAGGGUUUCUUUCGUAGAACGGUUCGUGCUGGGAAAAAUUACGUGUGUCGUUAUGAGCAGAAGUGUAAAAUUGAUAAAGCUGGUCGUAACGUUUGUCGAUCUUGCCGUUUCCAGAAGUGCCUUCAAGUAGGAAUGGAACCUGACGCAAUUCGUCCCGAUCGUGAUAAAACUGGCAGGCAAAAAAAUCCGCGCAGAGGUGGCAGUGAAAACAAUACCACCAAGAUGUCAUCAAAUUCUCUAUCCGGGGAAUUACCAUGUGUUACAUCCGAAGACAGCGCUGUGAGUGAUGAUGUUCGAACUUGUACCCGAUCUUUUUGCAUGAAUAGCACCUCAGGACAUCCAAAGUGUCCUGUACCUAUCGGCGACGAAUCAGUUUUGGCAACACUUUGUGAAAUUGAGCAUAUAUGCAAUCAGCUUCGAGACGCUCAUCCAGUUAUAACAAAGGCUUCCAUCACUCUGUUUGAUGCUGUUUUGCGCCCUUCACUCAUCGUUUCACGAUCUCCUCUGAUAUUCGAUGGGUCUUUGGGUCUUGCUGGCUGCAAAGAAUAUUUUGAAAAUCUGAGGCGCCUCAUUGUAUUGCUUUUUGAUUAUGCCAAUACACUUAAGCCAAUCGCCGAUCUCACACCUAGUGAAAAGAUAUCGAUAAUUCAUAACUGUGUGUCACAAUUUGCGCUUCUCGUUGUUGCAUACCACACUGUGCGUAAUACAGAGUUGGUCAGCAGUACAAUUUUGCUACCUAGUGGGCACUAUUUCCAUCGUGAAAAACCUGUUAUUAUCAUUGAGCAAUGUGAAGAUAAACAAAUCAUAUUGUUGGAGUCCAGAAUUGAGAUUGUAAAGAAAAACAUUCUGGAUGUUGUUUUGAGCCCAAUGCGACGUCUGGGAUUUACCGAAAUCGAGAUGGUUGCACUGAAGGCGAUAAUUGCACUGGAUCCGAGUGCUGCAAAUCUUACGCCUCAUUCUGCAUCCUUACUGGCUGUAGCUCGUGGAUCUGUUCAGAAUGCACUUUAUGCUCAUCUCAGUAAUCGUCUUUCACCAGCCGAGGCUACAUCUCGCUUUGGCAACCUUUUGCUUUUGAUUGCCGGUCUUUCCAAAAUGGGUGCAGCGUUGUGCGGUAUGAUGCAGUUAUGUCGUGACCUUUCGAUGGACAUUGAUCCAGUAGUUGAUGGACUAUUUUUUAACGACUCUUGUUGA